AUGAUGCAGUUUCCCGCCAACCAGUUGACAAACAGUUGCAUUAUGGAAAUCCUAAAGAGUUGUGUCGUCCUAGCGGCGUGCAUAGUUUUAUGCGCCUCGCACCCAACACAGAGCAAAGCUUUGCCAGUCUUAAAAGACCAAAAAGCCGAGGUCCUAUUCAAGGAUGAUAACUACUCCACUGCAUUCCUAGAGUGUGCUCUUGAAAACAGUGAAAAAGAUGUUGAGUACUCCUGGUACAAAAAUGGUGCACCUUUCGACUGGAAAGCAGCUGGACACAUCGCUGAACGUCCCGGAGAAGGCAGCAUCAUGUUCUUCAACCCUCAGCCCCAAGACGAGGGAAUUUACCAGUGCUUCGCGAAAACCUCUGCAGGAACCGCCAGCACCCGCCCCAUAUCAUUGAAGAAAGCCUUCUUAAACGUGCCCAAAGUGGAAACAAAGGAGCACACACCAGUUUUCGGUAAACCUUACAAACUGGAAUGUCAAAUACCAGAAUCUUACCCGAAACCUACGAUUGUUUGGAAAACACAGCUGCGUUCUGACCCCAGCAUCAUCGAAGGCAUCUUGAACCGAAGAAUCACUGUGUCCCCUGACGGUAACCUAUGGUUUUCGAACGUGACAGAGUCUGAUGUGAGCCCUAGCUUCAAGUACAUCUGUGUCGCUCAAUCUCCUGCUGUGACUGAGGACGUGAUCUUGGCUGAGCACUUCCUCAAGAGCUUGGUAGAGAACAAGGAGCCGAAUGAUGGAGAACUGGUUCCUCAAUAUCUGAGCAAUGAUAUGAUGGCUAAAGCUGGCGAUGUGACGAUGAUUUACUGCAUCUAUGGUGGCACCCCACUCGGUUUCCCGGAUUGGUUCAAAGACGAUAAACUCAUUGAGGGCAAGCCCGGAGACAGGGUCACCGACCACAACCGCACCAGUGGCAAGAGGCUGCUCAUCAAGGAGACUCUUCUUGAAGACGAGGGCACCUACAAAUGUGAAGUGAACAACCAUGUCGGACAGAAGCAGUCGCACAGCAUGAAGUUGACUGUUGUCAGCGCUCCAAAAUUCGUCCAAAAACCUGAAAAACAGUUGGAUGUCAAAGAUACUCAUGACAUCGAAGUACCGUGCAAAGUUAGCGGUCUUCCACAACCCAAGAUCACUUGGACUUACAAUGGCAAGCCUCUUGAAAACCACCAAUACAAAGAUGGCGUCCUCCCAAUAGCCAAAGUACAGAAGACUCAAACUGGCUAUUACGGCUGCAAAGCGGAGAAUGAACAUGGGCUCAUUUAUGCAGAAACUCUAGUCAACGUGGUUUAA